CGUUCUUCACUUUCAUUGUAAUAAUGUCCAGGUGAGAGAGCUUUCAGAGGGGCGCAAUCGUAAAUAUAGACGAAAACAGCGUAUAUGGAAAAGUAGAGCGCGCAAUCCAAUUAUUAUUUUUAUUUUUAUUUUCUUUUCUUUUUCUCUUCUUUUUCUCUGUUUGGCGCUCCUCGAAAUCUUCUCCUCAGAGACGGUGGUGAUGAAGAAGAAGACGACGAAUUGAAAUUCAAAAAAAAAAAAAAAAAAAAGAUUGAAAAUGAUGGAUGAAGCUUCUCUUCUACAGCGAUACCGCCAUGACCGUCGAAAGCUUUUGGAGUUUAUAUUCUCGUCGGGUCUCGUCAAGGAGCUACGGACCUCGUCUGGCACAACCACCUCCGAUUACUCUCACUUUCUUUGUCGCUCCGAUUUCGAUACUCUCAGCGCUGAUUAUAUCCUCCAUUGCCUUAAUUCCGGUGGAGUGGUUGAUAUUUCCGAAGCACGUAAAAAGUACAUGCAUGAAUCUACUGAGCCGCUCAUGAUUCAUUCUCAAUUGGGGAAUUCCUAUUUCCUAGUUUCUGAUCCAGAUUUGUCUGGAUCACCUCCUCGGCGUGCACCUCCUCCUAUUGAUGUCAAACAAACCAUUAAUCAAGUAUCGUCUUCAUCUGAACAGAUGGAUUCUUUAUAUGUCGAGAACACUGCAACAGUUGAGGAUAACUAUGGUCUUAAAUAUAGAGCAACAACGGCCACGCGUUCAAAGCCUGUAGAAAAUGUGAAAAUUCCUUCUUUAGGAUUGCCUAAUCUGCACACAGGAUUGUCAGAUGAUGAUUUGCGGGAAUCAGCAUAUGAAAUAUUGCUUGCAUCUAUGGUUUCUUCUGGGAUUGAUUUACAUGUGGUUGAGGACAAAAAGAAAGAAAGAACUGCAAGAUUCUUACGAGGAUUGAAGAGUAAAAGGGAUAAAUCACAGACACAGUAUCAAUAUCUUGAAAGAAAUUCAGAGCUCAUAAACAUAAUUAGAGUACAGAUGCAGAUGUCAGAAGCAAUGGAUGCAUGCAUCAGGCGUAGGUUGAUGCAAUUGGCUACAAGGAGAAUGUGUGAACUAACUGAUAUUCCUCAAAUCUCCCUAGGGCUUUUGAAUAGUGUUUUCAAGACUGAUUUUUCACAUGAAAAGUCUUAUAUACAUUGGAAGAGCAGGCAGGCCCUUGUUUUAGAAGAACUUCUCUGUUAUUCAACCAAUGCUGUAGCACCUGAGCAUCUAACUGCUAAAUGUUCUCUCGAAAAGAUCAGAAAUUCAAAGUUGCAGGAAUGGGACACAACGAUGACCCCGUCUGAACGUGCUGAGGUUCUAUCAACAAUCAAACAUGUGGCUUUGAAGCUGUCAUCUUUGCAUGGACACGUUAGCAUCGAAAGCGAGAACUACUAUUGGACAACCGGAUAUCACUUGAAUAUUAGACUCUAUGAGAAAUUACUACUUGGCAUGUUUGAUGUUCUUGAUGAAGGCCAGCUCAUAGAGGAAGCUGAUGAAUUCUUGACGCAUAUCAAAUUAACCUGGACUAAAUUAGGCAUCACUGAGAAAAUUCACCAUGCGAUUUUUGGGUGGGUCCUUUUCCAACAGUUUGCUGCGACAGACGAGGCUACGCUUUUAGAACAUGCAAUUGUUGAGUUGCAAAAAGUUACAUCAGCUGAAAAUGACAAUGAGGAAGAGAGACUUUAUAUAGAUAGCCUGGCAUGCUCAAGGGAAUGUGAUGGCGCUGAGAUAAAAUUAAGUUUGUUGGAGGCUAUUCGCAUCUCAAUAAGCAUUUGGUGUGACAGUAAGCUGCAAGACUAUCAUCUGCAUUUUAGUCAGCAACCUGGUAACUUGAGGAGGGUGAUGAGUUUGGUGUCAACGGUUGGGAUUUUGACUUCUGAUUCUAAGUUAACCAGAUCACAUGUUUCAAGUGAAGAUGCAGCUGUAAUACUCAAAUCAUAUGUAGAGAGAUCCAUUGAAGCUGCAUAUGGACGGGUAGCAAGUACCGUAGAGCUCGAGUCAAAGGUGGAAAAGAAACAUCCUUUGGCUUUUCUUGCAAAUGAACUUAGUUUGAUUGUCAAUAGAGAGAUCAAAGUAUUCUAUCCUGUAAUGCGUCAAUGGUGUCCUGAAUCUGGGAUGAUUGUGGCCAAGCUUUUACACCAGAUUUACUGGGAAAGACUGAGCAUAUUUCUCAACGAAGUAUCGUGUCUUUCUGAAGAUGUUAAACAAGUGCUUCCAGCUGCUGGUUCGUUGGAUAAUGACUUAAGGCAGCUAUAUGCUACUGCUUGUGAAGGAAAUAAUCAAGAUCUGCAACAUUAUCCGAUUGGAGAAAUUGCAAAACCAAUCAUUCUUGAUUGGGUGAUUGCUCAGCAUUCACGUAUCUUGGAAUGGACGGGACGUGCAUCUGAUUUUGAGGAUUGGGAACCUCUGUCAUUGCAGCAAAGACAGGCAGCAUCUGUGGUUGAAGUGUUUAGAAUUAUAGAGGAGACAGUUGAUCAAUUAUUUGGUCUGAAACUUCCAAUUGACAUUACACAUUUACAAGCUCUACUAUCUAUAAUCUUUCACACCCUGGAUGCCUAUUUGCAGAAAGUUCUCAAUCAGUUAGUCGAGAAAAAUCAUUUAUAUCCAUCAGCUCCUCCCUUGACUCGAUAUACGGAGACAACUAUUCCAGUGAUGAAGACAAAGUUACUUGAGAGUAAAGUAUUGGACAACAAUGUGCUCAACAAGUUGGAUCAUUUGACAAUAUCCAAACUGUGUGUCAGACUGAACACUUUAAAAUUCUCUUCGUACUGUUUGCAGUAUAUUCAGAAACAAAUGGAUUUGCUUGAGGGUGGAAUUAGAGAAUCAUGGGUGCGUGUCAGACACUAUGAUAAUAAGAAUUGUGCCAAAGAAGAGCGUCAAGGGACCACAUGUAAUGAAGAAGUUGAUGAGCUGUUUGUCACCACCUUUAAUAUUAUCAGGGAUACUUCAUCCAGUGCUAUUGGCAAAAUUUGUGAAUUUAUAGGUGCAAGAAUUGUGUUCUGGGAUCUCAGGGAUGCAUUCCUAUCUAGUUUAUAUCGUGGUAAUGUUGCAGAUGCUCGUUUGGAGAGUGUUCUUCCACAUGUUGACACUGUCCUUGAUGAUAUAUGUGGUUUAGUUGAUGAUGCUUUGAGAGACCUAGUGGUUUUAAGUGCUUGUCGUGCAACACUGGAGGGCUAUGCAUGGGUGCUACUUGAUGGAGGUCCUUCUUGUGCAUUUUCUGAUUCAGAUAUUGUACUGAUGGAGGAUGACCUUACAACAUUAAAGGAGUUUUUUGUUGCUGAUGGAGAGGGUCUUCCUCGUUCCUUGGUAGAGCAAGAAGCAAAAGUUGUUGAGCAAAUACUAGGCUUAUACUCACUUCAGACUGAAAGUGUAAUCCAAAUGCUGAUGACUGCAAGCGAACAAAUUUCAUUGGGAUUAGAUUCCCAUGAGCAUGGCCGCAUGAACUUGAUUAAUGUCCACACUUUAAUACGGAUAUUGUGCCACAAGAAAGAUAGAGAAGCCUCCAAGUUCUUAAAGAGGCACUAUCAGCUCCCCAUGUCCUCAGAUUAUGAGGAUACUUCAUCUAGGGAUUCAACUCCCAGAUCACCUUAUGUAUCGGAUUUUAUGAAGCGAAGCACCUCAUUUCGAUGGAAUACAAAGGGUCAAACUAGUUUCAAAUCAUUUAAGAAGAGACUUCAAGAAGCAACAUCCGAAAUCAGGAAUGUAGGUUGGUAGUCAUUUACCGUAUAAUGUUCCGUGAGAGGCCUCAUUUUAUCAUUUUUCGGUGGAGGUGCAUCAAGUAGGGUAGCUGCCUCUCUUGAAGGUUAGUAUGACUUAUUGUAUUUGCUUUCUAAGAGAAAGCCAGUUUUGUUUUCUUGUAUCUGUGAGUUUUAUCAAAAACUACCCAAGGCUCAUACAAUAAAAGACAUUCAUUUUAUUAGUCUAAUUAGGAAGAGAAACCUGCUGAUGUAUCAUAAUUGUCCAAUGCUAAUACUUUGAUUUUUGUAGACGAGGAUAAUUUUUCCCAAAUUCUCUUUACAGGAUAGAAAUAUACCCCAAGCAUAAAACUAGCUUAGUUAUA